AAAUCUGGCCUUUGCGGGAGGCGCUGUUCGCCGGUAGGUGACGGGCCCUCGGUCGGGAAAAAAAAACCCCAAACCGGCGGAAAACCUGAAAAAAAGCCAGGAGGAGAAGAUGGAGGAAGCAGAAGAGGAUGACAUGACAUGUGGAGACUUGGGAAACGGACUGGGAAGAAGACCGGGUGGUGUUUAUGAAGGGGAAAACUUACAAAAUUCCUAUUCAGUUACAUCUAGGAAAGGGUCUGGAAAGACUUGUAAUCCCCCCUUGUCAGCAAAGGUAGCGGAAGAAAGUGAUGCUGCAGCUGUUCCUGCUCCAAAACGGAACAGCUUUUACGAUGGAUCGCUCAAAAAACCUGCCUCUAGUUCCACACGGCAGAAUAGCUGUGAAUCUAAUACUGAAGUGUCAAAUGAAGAACUGAAGCAGCAACUCCGGGAAGCUCUGGAGGAACUUGAAAUUCUGAAAGUUGAGCUUGAAGCUUCUCAAAGACAGCUUGAAGGGAAAGAUGAAGCCCUAAGAAUCCUGCAGAGCAUGGCAGUAUUUGAUAAAGCCACGAGCCAUACAAAAGCAAUGCUUCAGAAAACUGAGGAAGAAAAGAGGACUCUAGAGAAGGAAAUAAAUAUUUUGCAAUGGGAAAUUGAAUUUGAUCAGGACAGAUUUAAAAACAUAGAAGACACCUGGGCGGAAAAAUAUGACAGGAUAUACUGUGAAAAUGCAGCUCUUAAGGAAGCAUUGAAAGUGAGGACAGAAGAAAUUAAAACACUUAAGGCUGAAAAUGCAAUCCUGAACCAGCAGUGCUUGGAAUUUCUUGCAAUGCUAGAUGUGAAACAACAGAAAGUUUUUCAGGAGAACAUGUUGAACAAAAGUGACAUCACUGAUUUCACAGGUCUUGAACUGGCAGUGCUGGGAGCCUGCGCCUGCAGCCCGGCCGAGGGGCAGCCCUGCCCCUGUGCCAGAGUGGCAGCUCUCACUCGGAAGCAGCUCCUCCAUCUCAAGCAGNCCCUCCUGAAGAAGAGUAAGGAUGAAGCGUACAUCAUGGCAGAUGCCUUCAGGAUCGCGUUUGAGCAGCAGCUGAUGCAGAGGCAGGAGCAGGCCCUGAGGCUGGCAGAAGUGAUCAGUGUGAAGAAGGAGAGCAGAUUUGCAGGCUGGAGACGCCUGCGGGGUGCUGAGCACGUCAAGUUGGAGGGCAGCAAGACCAACCUGGGGCGGAAGCUGUCCAGCCUGCUCUCGUCAGAAGGGGACUGCAGGAGGGUGGAGGAGCUGGACAGUGCCCACGAGAUCCUGAGGAUGUUGAUUGAUCUGGUCAGUACCUGUGUCAGUGUUCAGAAACACACAAUCAGAGAAUUAUUAUGUGCAGGUGCUUUUAUUAAAGAGCUCUGGGUGUCAGGGGUACAGACCCAAAUCUGA